UGAAUCAUGAUGAUAUUUAACCGCAACACUACCAAUCGAACACACUAACAAACCAGCAUUAUUUAAAAAGUGCAAUUUUGAUUGGAUGCUGUUAAUCCAAUAGAGUACAAUAAUAAACAAAAACAUCCACUCCCAUUCACACUCACAUUCCAAAAACCGUAUCAUUCCCUUCUCCACACUUUGUCCCCCAAACCCCAUAACAAAACCCUCCUCCCUAAGCAACUCACUCAUUCCCUCACACCCCCCCCCCCCCCUCCCCUCUCUCUCACCCUCUCUUACCCCAAAAUCACAUCUACAAACAAUGAACGCGGAGGUGGAAGGCUGUGCCGAACCGCGCCACGAGCCAGAAAAUCUACCAUGCCCACGUUGCGACUCAACCAACACAAAAUUCUGUUAUUACAAUAACUACAACUUAUCUCAACCUCGCUACUUUUGUAAGUCUUGCCGCCGCUUUUGGACUCGCGGAGGUACUCUCCGCAAUGUCCCUGUUGGCGGCGGCACUCGUAAGAAGUCCAAGCGUUCUCGCUCCUCCUCGUCUUCCUCCUCCGCUACCUCCGCAACCUCGUUUCCACUCUCUUCUGCACCCGCGGGUGUCAAAACGGCGGAAAUGAUUUCGCAGUUACGGAACAGUGAUGACUUGGAAUUGGACUUGAAUGAUGAAGGGAGUUUCACUUCUUUACUCACUACCACCACUACUAAUAAUAAUGCUAGUAAUGGAGAUGGUGGAAUGUUUAUGGGAUUGCCCGGGUACGGGCUCGGGCUUGAUAUCGGGUCAGCUGGAUUUGCUGAUAUCGGGUUCGGGUUUGGAGCAUCCAUGAGUAUGAAUAAUGAGACUCAGAGUAUGGGUCAGAAUGACGGAAGUAACACGUGGCAGUUUGGUAAUGGAGAUGGCAUGGACGGUUCUGAUUACUUUGGUUGGUCUGACUUGGCAAUAUCAACGUCUGGUAAAGGCUUAGAGUGAAAGUUUUUUACUGUGUCUUUUACUUUCCUUAGGAUGAUGAUGACAAGCUUUUUUUACCCUCGAAAUGUGUUAUUUCGGUUUCCAAUUGGUAGUUUUAUUGGGGUGUGAUGAGCAUAAGAUAUCUUUGUAGAGGAUGUUCCCUAAACUUGGGUCAAUGUGUUUAUGGUUUAGUGUGUAGAGAAUGGAUAAUGCUUGUUUUUGUGGAUAAUAGUAUCCUAAAUAUUACUUAAUCUUUGUUAUUAGUUAACUACAAUUUAAAAUGUAGUGGUAUUUACGUGAAUGAUAUGAUAGAAUCAAACAAUCACUUAUAUAUCAAAGCGUAGAUUAGAUAAGAUUGUCAUGGUUCUCGAAAUCUUUUAUGAUCGUGACGCUCUAAAUCACUAUAACGUAUACAAGAUGUUGAGUAAUGGGUUUAUAAUGACGAGAAAAUUUUGAUUGUUGAAAUGAAUUUUAGUAAUCACAAUAGAGAAAAACGUCUUUUUACUACAAUAGUUUUUAGGAAAUUUUGAUUUUUACCACCUUCAAAUAACGACUUUAUUGAAUUUACCACCUCCAAAAAAAAAAGAUUUACUUUACCGCCUCAUAAAAAAAUUAAACAUCAGUUUUCCCACCUAAGCCUAACUCCGGUGACGGAAACCGCCAGUGGGGCCCACCAUAACAGCUAGUUUUUGAAAUUAUUCCCAAAUUCUCCCGAUUUUCCUUUGAUUUAA